AUGGCGUCACGGAAGAAGGUUAUGCUCAAGGUUAUAAUCCUCGGAGACAGCGGUGUCGGUAAAACGAGUUUGAUGAACCAAUAUGUCAACAAGAAAUUCAGUGGAAGCUACAAGGCUACCAUCGGCGCUGAUUUCUUGACAAAGGAAGUUUUGGUUGAUGACCGACUGGUAACAAUGCAGAUCUGGGAUACCGCUGGCCAAGAACGAUUCCAGUCGUUAGGCGUCGCAUUCUAUCGAGGUGCGGACUGUUGUGUUCUUGUAUACGAUGUGAACAACUCGAAGAGUUUCGAAGCACUUGACAGCUGGCGUGACGAGUUCCUCAUCCAGGCCAGUCCGCGUGACCCUGAGAGUUUCCCAUUUGUUGUUAUUGGAAACAAGAUCGACAUGGAAGAGAGCAAGCGAAUGAUCUCUUCGAAACGAGCCAUGACGUUUUGCCAGUCGAAGGGGAACAUCCCAUACUUCGAAACAAGUGCAAAGGAAGCUGUCAAUGUCGAGCAGGCGUUCGAAGUCAUCGCUCGAAGCGCUCUAGCCCAGGAAGAAGCAGAAGAAUACGGCGGAGACUACACUGAUCCGAUCAACAUCCACGAUAAUACCGAGCGUGACGGAUGCGCCUGUUGA